GCGCGGCGGCGGCGGGAGCGGCGGCGGCGGCGGCGGCGGCCGGGGAGGUUCACAAUAAAGGUGCUAAGAAAGAGAAUGUAAGACAGGAAAAUAAUUAAAUAUUCUUACCGAGAUCACUCCUGUAAACUCUUACAAGAGAUGUUUAUAAAACACUUGGAACAAUACAGAUUGUACUAAGAAAAUGUGCUUUGAUCAACUCUGGAGAUACAAAGCAGGAAACUUAAUAAAUCAAGUCCUAUUUGUGAAUGGAAAGGACUGGAAGUUCACCUUAAAAUGUCUUCAAUAGGCCGCGUUUAAGAGGCGUCUUGCACUCCCUGUUGCCAGUGGCUGGAACACAAUGGAUCACACAGGGGCGAUAGACACCGAGGAUGAAGCGGGACCUUUAGCCCAUCUUGCUCCAAGUCCUCAGAGUGAAGCUGUGGCUCAUGAAUUCCAGGAACUCUCCUUGCAGUCCAGUCAAAACUUACCCCCUCUGAACGAAAGGAAAAAUGUGCUCCAGCUGAGGCUGCAACAAAGGAGGACGAGAGAACAACUAGUGGACCAGGGCAUCAUGCCACCUUUGAAGAGCCCAGCGGCAUUCCAUGAACAGAUAAAAAGCUUGGAACGAGCCAGAACCGAAAACUUUUUGAAACACAAGAUUCGGAGUCGACCAGAUCGUUCUGAACUUGUCAGGAUGCACAUUUUAGAAGAAACAUUUGCAGAGCCAUCCCUGCAGGCUACUCAGAUGAAGCUGAAAAGAGCUCGACUAGCAGAUGAUCUGAAUGAAAAGAUUGCUCAAAGACCUGGUCCUAUGGAGCUGGUAGAGAAAAACAUCCUUCCUGUGGACUCCAGUGUUAAAGAAGCAAUUAUAGGCGUUGGGAAAGAGGACUAUCCCCACACUCAGGGCGAUUUCUCAUUUGAUGAAGACAGCAGUGACGCUUUGUCUCCAGACCAGCCUGCGAGUCAGGAGUCACAGGGGUCAGCCGCGUCCCCAAGUGAGCCAAAAGUUAGUGAAUCGCCAUCUCCUGUGACUACAAACACUCCAGCCCAGUUUGCUUCAGUGUCCCCAACAGUUCCUGAAUUCUUGAAAACUCCUCCAACUGCAGAUCAGCCUCCCCCACGGCCUGCAGCUCCUGUCCUCCCCACAAACACUGUGUCCUCAGCAAAGCCUGGCCCAGCACUGGUGAAGCAAAGCCAUCCCAAGAAUCCAAAUGACAAACACCGUAGCAAAAAGUGCAAAGAUCCCAAACCACGGGUAAAGAAGUUAAAGUACCACCAAUACAUUCCACCAGAUCAGAAGGGUGAGAAGAACGAGCCGCAGAUGGACUCCAACUACGCCCGCCUGCUCCAGCAGCAGCAGCUGUUCCUGCAGCUGCAGAUCCUGAGUCAGCAGAAGCAGCACUACAACUACCAGACCAUCCUGCCUGCACCAUUCAAGCCACUCAAUGACAAAAAUAGUAACAGUGGGAAUUCAGCUUUGAACAAUACCACACCUAACACACCAAGACAGAAUACAUCUGCUCCUGUGAGAAAGCCAGGACCUCUGCCUUCUAGCCUGGAUGACUUAAAGGUAUCAGAACUGAAGACAGAACUGAAGUUAAGGGGUCUGCCAGUGUCAGGCACCAAACCGGACCUCAUUGAGCGCCUGAAACCCUACCAGGAAGUGAACAGCAGCGGCCUUGCUGCUGGGGGCAUCGUGGCAGUGUCAUCGUCAGCCAUUGUCACCAGUAACCCAGAAGUCACUGUGGCCUUGCCGGUUACAACACUACACAACACUGUGACUAGCUCAGUCUCUACUCUCAAGGCAGAAUUGCCACCUACAGGAACCAGCAACGCAACCCGUGUGGAAAAUGUUCAUUCCCCUCUGCCCAUUUCACCGUCUCCCUCCGAACAGUCCAGUCUCAGUACUGAUGACACAAACAUGACAGACACUUUCACCGAGAUUAUGACCAUGAUGUCGCCUUCACAGUUCUUGAGUUCAUCUCCUUUGAGAAUGACAAAUAAUGAAGACAGUCUGAGUCCCACCAGCAGCACUCUGUCAAACCUGGAACUGGAUGCAGCCGAGAAGGAUCGCAAGCUUCAGGAGAAAGAGAAGCAAAUCGAAGAGCUGAAGAGGAAACUGGAACAAGAGCAAAAGCUCGUGGAAGUGCUGAAAAUGCAACUUGAGGUUGAAAAACGAGGGCAGCAGCAGAGGCCCCUGGAAGCGCAGCCCAGUGCCCCAGGUCAUUCUGUCAAGUCAGAUCAGAAGCACGGCAGCCUUGGCUCCUCCAUCAAAGAUGAGGCCUCACUCCCUGACUGCUCCAGCUCCAGGCAGCCCAUCCCAGUAGCCAGCCACGCUGUAGGCCAGCCCGUCUCUACAGGUGGCCAGACCCUUGUUGCCAAAAAGGCUGUAGUUAUCAAGCAAGAGGUCCCUGUGGCCCAGGCAGAGCAGCAGAGUGUCGUCUCGCAGUUUUAUGUGAGUUCCCAGGGACAGCCACCGCCUGCUGUUGUUGCUCAGCCCCAGGCUUUACUGACCACGCAGACUGCUCAGCUGCUGCUCCCAGUGUCCAUCCAGGGCUCGAGUGUCACCUCAGUGCAACUCCCUGUAGGCAGCCUCAAACUCCAGACUUCACCACAAGCAGGAAUGCAGACUCAGCCUCAGAUAGCAACUGCUGCACAAAUACCAACUGCUGCCUUGGCCUCAGGCUUGGCCCCAACUGUACCUCAGACACAAGACACGUUCCCACAGCAUGUGCUCAGUCAGCCUCAACAAGUCAGAAAGGUUUUCACAAACUCAGCAUCAUCAAAUACAGUUCUUCCAUAUCAGAGACAUCCUGCCCCAGCUGUCCAGCAGCCCUUUAUCAAUAAGGCCUCCAACAGCGUUCUUCAAUCCAGAAAUGCUCCGCUUGCAUCCCUGCAAAAUGGACCUAACACACCCAACAAGCCUAGUUCACCCCCGCCACCCCAGCAAUUUGUCGUCCAGCACUCUCUAUUUGGGAGCCCAGUCGCCAAGACAAAAGAUCCCCCCCGCUAUGAGGAGGCCAUCAAGCAGACACGCAGCACACAGGCCCCCCUGCCAGAGAUUUCCAACACACACAGUCAGCAGAUGGAUGACCUCUUUGAUAUCCUCAUUAAGAGUGGAGAGAUCUCCCUCCCCAUAAAAGAAGAACCUUCUCCUAUUUCCAAAAUGAGACCAGUGACAGCCAGCAUCACCACAAUGCCAGUGAAUACAGUGGUGUCCCGGCCACCACCCCAAGUCCAAAUGGCACCACCUGUAUCUUUAGAACCUAUGGGCAGUUUAUCUGCCAGCUUAGAGAACCAACUAGAAGCUUUCUUGGAUGGAACUUUACCCUCAGCCAAUGAAAUUGCUCCACUACAAAGCAGCAGUGAAGACAGAGAGCCCUUCUCUCUGAUCGAGGACCUCCAGAAUGAUCUGCUGAGUCACUCAGGUAUGCUGGACCAUUCACACUCACCCAUGGAGACUUCCGAGACCCAGUUUGCUGCAGGUACUCCCUGUCUGUCUCUUGACCUGUCAGACUCAAACUUGGACAACAUGGAGUGGUUGGACAUUACCAUGCCCAACUCCUCUUCAGGACUCACUCCUCUCAGCACCACUGCGCCGAGCAUGUUCUCCGCUGACUUUCUAGACCCACAGGACCUACCGCUACCAUGGGACUAACAUCACAGAUUUCUUUUCUGAGAGUUGAUGAGGUUUAAGAACAUGAAGAUUCUAAAAGGUCAGUUUUUAGAGACAGAUCUAUAGUUGCAUUGUUGCAAUCAAAAUAUGUUGUCACAGAAAGAAUAGGUGGAAGGUCAUAGCCUGGAACCCAAGUUUGAAAACAUUUCAUUGUGUUCGGUAGUGAAUUUCUACAGUUUAACAUAGCACAGGGCCUUCUGAAAAUCACACUUGUCAAAGACGACUCAUCUAUUUCUCCAGACUUCAGUAAAGAAGUCUGUUUAGAUAAAAACAAAGAAGUCUGUUUGUUUAGAUAAAAACAAAGAAGAGUCAUAUAUGCAGCACAGUGACGUUAGGAUUCUGGUAAUUAACUACAUUUAAAUCUCUCUGGUCACUUUAAGACCCUAAUAAAAAGGCAGACAGCUCCACUCAAAAACUAAGGCUGAUGCGAGGGAGGUGAGAGGUCACUGCACUUGGUACUUCCUAGAGAUGGCCGGAGCCAGGCCCGAGACACAGCAGAGGUCAAAGGCAGUGGAGAGCCUUGGCCAGUUCAGUGACAGCUUCCGGCUGAAGACUUUUGGUUCUAUUCAGAAACCUGUGUCAUUUUUUUGGUGGUGUAGUUUAUUUUGUGAUUUUUGGAAUCGUACUUUAUAUUUCCAAAUUUAAAUUUAAAUGCAAGAUCUUUCAACAUAAACAGAAGAUACCUACAAAAUACUGUCAGAAGUCCAGGUAUACUGAUAACACUGAAAAUUCUAUUAGCAACCUUCUGGGUUGGUUAGAUUGAUUUUAAUGUAUAUAUUAGACAUUUGUAUGUGUGCUCUGACAUUGUGAUUUGUACAGCCUAUGUUGGGGUAAAGAAAUGGGUAUCCAAGGUCCUACUUUUUUAAUAGCUCGAAUAUUUCUAGACUACUUGAGCCACAUGUAUUUCUGUAUUUAAAGAAUUGCUGACUAACUUUCAGGUAACCACACCCAUCUCAAAGAACCAAGAAAAGGCUUUAGCAUGAAAUAUCUUUCUGAGCUGGUGAGUUAGAAGAAUGGAAGGUAAGGGGAAGGUCUGUCAUCUACCCAGGACAUUCCCAUGAUGAGUACAGGUCAGACUGUGCCACGAGGUGGGCCUCCACGUCCCCUCCCUGGCCCUCUUUCUUCUGUCACUAACCCUGGUUAUCAUUUUACAGGCUUGUAACUGGAUAUUCUACCAGAGCUCUCACUAUAUUGUCAAGCCUAAGAUUGAAAAACUGGAGGCUUUAUUAGUGUUUUUAUAUAGAAAACAGUUAUUACAUAUUUGUUAAGUCAAGUCAUUUCUUAAGAAUUUUCUAAAAUGCCAACUAUCACAGGAUUAUUUCAAGCUAGUCAUUGAGGUAUAUGACAACAUGUAAAUAACAAAAAACUGAAAUCUACCAAAAGAGCAUGGAGGUUUUUCUUAAAUAAUAAUAUUGUGCUCUCCACCUCACCCUUGUGUAAACCCUCAGGUCAGGUUGUUUCCCCUGGGUCACAAAAUGGUAAAUGUUCCACACUGACAUGCCAGAGGCAGCCUGACCCGUUAUUUGGAAAGAAUUUGUGAAUUAUUUCUGGGUUUGUGUUUUGCCUAAGAGCUGAUCUUAUUUCUGAUUUGGGUGUGUGGUUUAUAAAUUUUACUACGUGUAACAAAAGUCUGCUUUUCCAGCAUGAGCACACUGGAGCCCUCUGCUCACUGGCACUUCCUGACUCCAAGGCACUAACAGUGCUCAUGUGCCUUCCAGACGGUUCAAGGCAGAGGCCACUGUGCUCAGUGUAGUCUGUGAUGAAUAGUUUAAGUGUUCAGAAAUUGGUAAACCAACGCAUGGGAUACAGUAACUCUCUGUUAACCAGAACACCAUCAUUUGACCAAGCCCUACAAGAGUUUACCACACUAGAUGUUCUGUGAAUCCUCGAGUCAGUUCCAUUGAGAGAGGCCUGUCUCCAGGGCCAGGCUAUUUACUUGAGAAAGUAUUUUUCUUACAGUUCUUGGCCACAGUUUUUUUGCUGAGGGUUUCUGUCUGGGCCUAUCAGGUCCAUACUUAGACCCUGAGCAUCUUCUUCAUUCAGAUUUGAAUGGCUUAUUAAAUUAGCACCAAAUAUCAGUGGGACUGUAGAAGGUAACCGAACACUAGUAGCAUUGACUCUCAUUGAAUAACUUUAUAUUUCCAUAAUCCUGAAUUGUGUAGAUAGUUUUCUAGCUCUCGGGUCCCUUUAUUGCAUUUUAAAAUAGGGUUUGAAACAUGCCACAGGAAGGUUGCUCUCCAAAAAUACACAGUGCAGUGCAAGAAAAUGCUAUCUCAUUAGCCUACUCUCCUAUGAAUUGCUAAAGUGCCCACCUCACAUAUGUGUUUAAACCUUUAUAAACCAGUAUUUCACUUUUAAAAAGACAAGGCAUCUCUACCCAUUAACUCUGCAAGCCACUCCACUUGCACCAUUCCGCUUGACCCUCCCCUCUCCUGGCUUGGGUCACCAGCCAGGCACCUGUGACACAAGUGCUGCUCUCCAGGAUCUCCACAUGUUCCAGGUUAGAGUGAGGACACGCUAUGUGCUCACAUUCAUGUGACAUGACCAAAGAUGAUACUCUGUAAACAAGGCCCCUCUGACCUGACUCAGUGCGUGUGAUGGUGAGUGCAAUGAGGAAGGGUGGAUGUUGACUAAAGACUGGUUGUUGUUGUUGUUUAGGUUAUUGUCACAGCCAUUACAGCACAAGUCAAAGUCGCCAGUUGAAUUUUCAUUAUGCACGUGUGUGGUUUAAGCAGUGGUACUGUUUUAUAUCAUAUUGCAAAGUAUCAUACUGCCAAGAAGAUAACUCCUAGAAAGGCAUUAUCUCACAUCCCCAUCUUACUUUCCUACAUGUUCUCAAAACACAGUAGUAUCAGCCUUACCUUUCUGCUGUAUAGAGAUAAUGAGAUCAUCCUACUGGGGGUGGGAUGAAUUUAAAAAGUUAUACCAAAAUUUCUGUAAAGUCUUUGAAAGUCUAGGAGUAUGUGGUCAUCUUGUACAUUUCAGCAAAGCAUCCACUAGGAAACCUCAUAGGACAGUGUUAGUGGUUCACGUUCUAGUGUUUUUCCUGAAAUGUGCAAUCUACUGUAUAGUAUUGCCACAUAAUUGUACAUAGAUGUAUUCUGAAUUUGUGGAAUUUCUUGCUUAGAUACUAUUGUGUUUGUUUCAUAUGAAUAUUUUUGUAAUUCUAAAAGAGAUCUUAUUUAAAUUUCCUUUUUAAAAGCCGCAUGGUUCUGUGAUCCAUGUAACUGACACUUUUUGGCUUUCAGUGCUGUUUAGAAACAGUGGCAAAGGCAGGGUGGUGUUGCCUGCAAGCUGCUGCCUAUGGAAGGCAAAGUCAUAGUAAUGAGAUAGCACCUCUGAACUGUGCAGUCAGCAUACCCUGAGUGAUGGCUCAGGGGUGCACUACCUAUUUUGUCACCAGAGCUGACUCAGGCUUCCUGGACCCUCAGCCCCAGAUCAUUCCAGGCAGCAUAGCUUUCUUCAGAGUCCUUUCAGAAUUCCCAGGCUGAAAUCAGCCACAGCAGUUGACAAAAUAGCUGUCCCCACAAGUGAUGGGAUAGUCCCUUUACUGUCCUCAAAUGGACUUGGCCUUAGAGACGUGGUAAAGCACUUUGGCAGGAUUUAAAAUAUUUGUGAGAAGCCCACAUUUCAGUAUACAUCCUCACCGGCCUCCAUGCACCCACCUGCCGGUAGCCUCACAGAAGUCCUGGCUGUCACUCAGGUGGGGAGCUCAUGGUGCCGCUGGGGACUUUUUAGAGAAAUGUAAAGAGAAUAGCUAUUCAGUGUCUACCAGCAGAGCAACACGUGUCAAUUUAACCAAAUUCACAAAUAACUCCAUUUUUCAAUAUCUGCUACUGUAAACAUGAAUAUUGAGUACUGACAAGAGAAUACCCAUACAAAUCGUCCCACCGCCCUAGAGGCCACAAAAUUAGCCCAAAAUUAUCAAAGAACGUUAACUGGAAGGUCAGGUUUUUCAAAGAACAUAGCUUACAAGUGCAUCAGUGUGUAUCUGGAGAGCAUCCUAACUGCAUUUCAACUCAUCUUUUAAGUGAUUUCAGUCAAAACUGGAAAACAACUAAGAUGUAGUAAUUUUUUUUUCCUGGUUCAAACCUUCAAUAACUUGCUCAUUCAGCAGUCUCUCUGAGCUACAUUUUUAUUUGUAAAGUGACUCUGUCUGCAUGGCAAUAAGCAGGUGCGUGUUUUUUCCACAUUCGCCCUUUCUUGCAAUAUCCAAGGAAACACAUCAUUACAAAGGGUUUCUACCUGAAAUCUUUCAUGGAAGGCCUACAAUUCAAAAAGCUGCACAUGUUUACAGAAGAGCUCUUACCCUCCAUGCAAACACUUUGCUCUGUGAUGUCACAGCUUUGUGACAAUAAGAUGGCAAUCUCGGAUCUACAAGGUGCUGUCGGGAAUCAAAUAAAAUAUGUUAUCAGAGAUAUCAUCACAUCUAUAGUGUUUAACAGAGCUUUAUGCCAACUACUAAGACAAAGCUUUAACAAAGUUUAUAGAAUACUGAAACUCGUAACAAUUACCUCUCUACAUGAUGCUGUAAGGAAUCUUGCUAAUUUGGUAGGAAGAGGAAGCAUUUAGGAAAGGGUUUAGUAUCUACCAAAAGUACUUGACCUCAAGUAACCAAUAGUAAUGCAAACUUGCUUUAAAGGAACCAAAGGCAUUGCCAAGUAUUUGCCAAAAGGAGGCACUUUUUAUUUAAAAUUUGAGACUAAUGAGAUCUCAAAAAUCAGUCCCAAAAAGAUAUUAUCCAUUUAAGGUUAUAAUUUUCACAAAGAUGUAGAUAUUUCUCUUAUUGUUUUCAUGUGAAAUAGUAUAGAGUUGUUUUGUUGGUUUAAGAAUAACAUUCAGUAGUAAUACAAAGUUUUUUUUCUAUGUAGAAAUUAGUUUUCUUCUUUUCUUGCUUGCAAUAGAAAUGCAAUGUGAUAGGUGUUUCUCUUCUUAUUUUCAUUGUCACAUUAUGUCUUAGCAUCUCACUUUAUGAAAAAAAGGAGAAAGAUACCAAUCUACAGAGCCCUGCUUGUUGAAGCACUAGUUUAAUCAACAAAAAAUUAUGGCAAUCGGGGGUCCAUUCAUGUAUUGCCUUUAUGUUGUUUUUUAAAAGAAAAACCAUGAUGCCUUUGUAUUUGCUGUUUGCACCCCUGAAAUCAAUUCCAUAUCAUGUUUGAAUGCCAUACAUUUUGCACAUGUACUGUACAUAGGUAAUGCAUACUGUAUUUUUAUAUGUGUGCACAUUUAUCAUCAGAUCUUUUGUACAUAGUGGCAGUAUUGUAGCUGAUCGGGAAAUGUUUGAUAUCUCAGCAAUUUUGCAUUUUUGUGUCUCAAAUAAAAGACAUUUUGAUGUA